AUCAAUUUAUAAAUCAGCAUUCUGAGAAAGCCAUCAUACCACGAACCAACCCACCAUGUCACUUAAAGCUUUCCUUUGUUUGUCGAUCGUUGGACUAGUAGCAGCAGAGGCUGGAAAAAAGGGAUACAGUCCAAAGUAUAACUUGAAAACAUAUGGCAAUCCGUUGGGACCACUCUUGGGUGGGAAUAGGUUUCAAGGAAAUAACGGUGCUGGAUAUCCUUUGAAUGGCCUAUCUGGAUAUGGACAUGGUAUCAAUGCAAACAACUUUUAUGGUUUAGGUUCACCAUUACAUUAUGGUAGCCAUGUCGGAUAUAACUAUGGUUCCCAAGGUGGAUUUCCUGGAUACGGAUUCAUGAAUGGAAGAAGUUUGAAUGUAUUAGGUGGUUAUGGGAAUUACGGUGUUUAUGGUAAUGGAGUUAUGCCAUUCAAUAGAUAUGGAUUCGGUCAAAGACUUGGUGGAUACGGAGGAUAUAACAAUUUAAUUGGUUCUGGAGCAUUUGGCAUUGGUCGUGUAAAUGGGUAUGGAUCAUAUGGUAUUGGUGGCAUCAAUGGUUACGGAGCAUAUGGUAUGGGUGGUUUGGGUGGAAUUGGUGGUUUAACUGGUUAUGGAGCUUAUGGUUUUGGCGGUUUGAAUGGUUAUGGAUCACACAGAAUUGGUGGAUUCAGAAACCGAAAAUACGGAUACAGUGGUGUUGGUAAAUUUGGAGGUAAAAAAGGAACAUAUUAGAAAUCCAUGUGUCAUUGAGGAGAAGUCGAUGGUUUUAUUCACAUUUUUUAUAUGUUUUAUUAUGAUUUAUACUAAUUAAACUGAAUAUAUAAUA